AUGACCUUCAGUAUUCUUUGCAACACAGUCAUCAGAGACCACUUCACCCGUAAAAGGGCGCUCGCCUGUGGCAUAAGCUAUGCAGGAGAAACCCUUUCUGGCCUGGUUUUUCCGCCACUUGUACAGUUCCUUCUCGAGAAAUACGGCCAAAAAGGAAUGUUCCUGGUGACCGGAGCCUUGAUGCUGAACUCCACUGCAGGAGCGCUGUUGCACCUCCUUCCACCGGAAACGGCCCGCAAACCCGCAUCUAUCCUCGAGGAUGGCAAGAAGCGCGAGAUGUCUUUCGAUAAGGCGUGUUCACAUAAAAGCGGUCUUCGAGACAGCACUGAUGAUUCUACGGGGCGUGCGUUGUCCCCCGAAGACGAUGGUUUUUUGACACAAGAUGAUGUUUCUGACAAACGCAAGACAAUUCAGGGAGUGCGGGAUCAUCUAAAUCUUCCGCAGGCUAUGUUGUCAGAGUCUCAGACAACAGAAGAUCCGCACAAUAAGAAGCAAAAAGAAUGCUCCAACAAAACGUGCGUGAGUUCAUACAAGGAGCAUGAUGACGUGCUCGAUGUACACAAUGAGACGGCAGCCUACGGUCUCAAGACUUCCAUCAAUCGAAACAAGAUCACCUCGCCAUCGCAUCUCAGAUGUCCUCAGUUCUACAUCGUCGCUGUGGCGUUUUCGGUCAUUGCUUUUAACGUAUCCACGUACUCAACAGUAGUCGUAGACUUUGCAACCGAUCGGAAGAUCUACAAAUGGAACGCCGUCUUGCUUCUCACAAUCUACGCGAUCUCCGACUUGUUGUCCAGGAUGGGAUCAGGUUUCAUCACGGACAAGGGAUUCCUCAAGAAGAGCUCGAUGAUGGCCGGCAAUUUUCUCCUCUGGGCAUUAUCUCUGUGUGCAAUGCCUUUCUGCUACUCGUUUUACCUUCAUGCCAUUCAAGCGGUCAUCGUUGGGUUGUGCAGCGGUGCUACACUUAUUCUGAUUCCAGUGUUCCUCAUGGAGCUUGUGAACACCAACAAGUUCAGCGAGUGUUUCGGAUUAGCGACUUUGAUCGCAGGAAUCGCACUUCUCCCGAGGCCACUGCUGAUUGGCUACUUCAGAGACAGUCUGGGAGACUAUCAAGGAUUAUUUGUUCUCAUGGGUGUGGUCACUGCGCUCAGUGCCUUCAGCUGCCUUUUUCUGCGAGGGACCCAUUGA